GAAGUAAAAUGGUCGUAUCCAGUAUCUAGAAAGCCACCUCUGGAGUCAGCAGUUCCCACCUGCACUGCUCUCCAAACAAGAGCAAGGAAUAACCUGACCUCAGCAGAUACACUCAUCAGGCAAUGGGCUUCCAGGAGAUGUUUUGGGAGAGGCUGGAGACUAUGUUGAAUUCUGUUAAAGUUCAGUGUUAUGAAAGGACACGCUCAGGACACCAGAACCGUUAGCAUGACAGAAGUGCUGACUUACCAGGUGAGAGAAACAGAGACCAUGGAUGCCCAAUGGCUUGGCUACCCUGGCUCCGGAGACCUGCCAGAUGAUGAAGACAUCGGUGACUUCACCACUCACUUGACUUCUGAUGAGUUUGAUAUAGAUGAAAUAUCUGGCUCUGGAGACUACUUCGAUUCUGAUGAUACCAUGUUCCUGACCACUGUGGAUACUCCUGUGAUAUCUGACAACUAUAUCCCUGGAGAUACAGAGAGAAAGAUAGAAGGUGAGAAGAAAAACACCAUGCUGGACAAUGAAAUCAUUCCAGACAAAGAUUCACCUGUUGAAGCGAACCUGUCCAACAAGAUCUCCAUGGCAAGCACAGCCAACAGCAGCAUCUUUGAAAGAACAGAAGUUCUUACAGCUCUCAUUGCAGGAGGAGCUGUUGGUCUCCUGUUUGCUGUCUUCCUGAUCCUCCUCUUAGUCUAUCGCAUGAAGAAAAAGGAUGAAGGCAGCUACGACCUUGGGAAGAAACCAAUCUACAAGAAAGCCCCUACAAAUGAGUUCUAUGCUUAAAGCUCAGUGGCAUUCUGUGCCCCUCAAGGGACAAAUGGACCGUAUGGAAACACUGUGCCCUCCAAUGAGAUGUGCUGAACAAACGCUCUUUUUGGAUUGAAUUUCAAAGUGACUUUGGGGGGUGGGGGGGGAGGAACCAAACUUUCUACACAACCCAUCCUGCUCAGCUAACAAGGGCCCAAUGAAAUACAAAGAGUCUUGGGGGGUAGGGGGAAGCCUCAGUGUACUUUUUAUUUUUCUAAAGCCUAGUGUAAAAACAAUAAAAAUGCCAAACUUUCUGCUUGUUUUUAUAGAGGGUAUGUAAACACCAAACAGACUGUAUGGAAGCAAACACCAUGUGUUUGCAGCCAGCGUGCUGCGCUCAGAUUGGCUGCUUCUAUGGGAGAUGUCUGUUAGCGAGGUUCAUAAGCAAAGCCAUCUUGCAGCAGGCUGUUGGUGUGAAGUGUUUUCCUGAAGAACUAUUUAUGUAUCUCUUACACUACCGACCACGUGGCCUUACUGGGGAGCAGGGGGCCCAUAGGGCUCAAAUCCCCCUGAUGCCAUAAAGGGCAGAUGGGAAUGUCUUCCCCAGGAGAUUGUGUCUCUUCCUGUCUGCUCCAGGCAGGGGUUGUUAGUGGUGCAAUCAGGACAGCCCCUUUCUCUUGGCUGUGUGACACCCUUUCCUUGCCUUUGCUCUUUUUAGGAUUGCCUGUAGGGUUUUUAUAACGAGGUUUUUGAAGAGGACAGGCUGAUGUUUAUAUCAAAGUUUUGUAGAAAUUGUUUUGAAAUAAGAAUAAUAAUAAUAAAAACAAAAUCUACUUUUUUAAUUUCCUCAGAUUUAUUUUUUCAGUCCCGUUGUGUUUCCUUUGGGCUUUAUCUCUGGAGAUGUUUAUGAAUCAUAUUCAGACCCACAGCAGUUACCUGCUGUGUGUUACAGGUUUCUUCUGCUUCUAUAGCAGCUACUGUAGAGGGUAAAGAUAUUUAUGGUUUUCCUGUAAUGUAGCUUUGUGUUUUUUUUUUACUAUUAUUAUUUUUUUAAAUAGAAUUAUUUAUAGUUUCUGGAAUGGCUGCUCUUUGCAUCUGGUGACUUUUAUCCUUAUGUGAAACACUAAUAUAAUGAGUCUCUGUGGAAACUAUUUAAGCUUUAUUCUGUGAAUUUUAAUUAUAAAUUCAAGGCAAUAACUUUUGGAAUUAAUCUGUAUGCAAAAUUGGAUUCGUUAUAUGAUUGAAGUAGGGGAAGGUUUAGUAUUUCUAGCCUGUAAUAUAUUAUAAUCAGUCCUAUAGAGCUCUAUAUUAUAUUUUUACUGAGAAAUAAUACAGCUAAGAGUGUGAAGGCUGGAGGUAACCCUUCAGCAGCCUCACUGUCUGUGAGGCUUGGUCUGUUUUGUACUGCUGUUUGGCCAGCAUCUUGCCUGGAAUGCCGGUGGGCUUUGGGUCUGCCUGGGUGGCAGCUCCCAGCUGUGGCUCUUGUGUUGCAUAGUGUACGUAGCUCCUACCUCUCAGACCCAUUCCCAGUGCUCCAAGAGCAGAGGGUGCAGUGCGUGUCCUGUGUCUGUGCUUUGGGAUGGUGUUGCAGGCUUGUAGCUGUUCGGUGUGGUUUGAGGCCCAACCUGGGUAGGCAGCAUGAAGCUGGUGUGAUCUAAACAGCCCCUUCAAGCCUCCUGAGCAGGACUUUGGGGCUUGUGGCUGGAUGCUUAGAGGCAACAGCACAAAGAAAUGGGGCUUGUGCUGGUGGAAGCUGCUCCUUGGUGCUAUACUGGAGCAGCGGGCAGCGAUGUGAGUGUGGGAGGGCUUUCCCAAGGGUUGUCCUUCUGCAGGUGUGUUAGUGGAAGCUGCAGGCUCUGGGGUGCUCUAGAAACCAUGUGGAGCUGGAUGUUCACUGCCUAUGGACAGCACUGCCAGGAAGGCAGAAACAGUGUCUGCUUCUCUGGGUGUUUUGAUUCUCUGGUGUAACUGCUCUCGGGGAUUUUCCACUGUUACUGACUUCUAUUUUUUUUUUAUUUUUUUCCCACAAAUAAACUGGUACUUUCUAAAA